CCUGCUUCCUGUCAGUCGGAUUAGUGAGCUGAGCGGGAGUAAAAUGGCCAAAGCGGAGGUGGCACCGCUGAGACCGUGGGACGACUUCUUUCCCGGGUGGGAAAGAUUCGCCAAACCGGACACAAGAGAUAUGGCCAAAUGGAAUAACAGAGUCGUUAGCAACUUGUUGUAUUAUCAAACUAAUUAUCUGCUGCUAGCUGUCGGUGUUUUCCUUAUUGUGGGGUUCUUGAACCCUCUGGGCAUGUUGACCGCCAUGGCCGUGGUAUCGGGCGUCUUUGUGGGCUCGGUGUGGGCCGGCGAGAACCGAGCCGUCAUCAACAACUUCAAGAGGCAGAACCCCACGGUCUUUGUGGGCGCCGUCAUGGUGGCCAGCUACAUGCUAAUAUCCUUAAUAGGCAGCGUCAUGGUGUUCAUGACGGCCAUCACGUUACCUCUCACCUUGACAUUGGCCCAUUCUUCUUUUCGACUCCGUAACAUGAAGAAUAAACUGGAGAACAAAAUAGAAUGUGCCGGACUAAAGAGGUCCCCCAUGGGAAUCUUGCUGGAGAUUCUGGGUCAGCAAGAGGAGAACUUUCAAAAGAUCCACACCUUCCUGGAAGACAAGAUGAAGGGGAGUGACUAGACCGGAAAACACUCGUGUUUACCAAAGAUCUACACCCAAACUGUGCAUGUCGGAACCGUUCCGGCGUCGAUGCCCCGAGCCACGUGUUGGCUCACGUGUGUCUGGGACAGCAGCAGACAUGUAUUGUAAAAACACCUCAGGGUAUUCCACGCCUACGAGACGCAAAUCUCUCAGACACAUUUCCACACACUAAAUCUUCAACAAAAGUAGGAAAGCCGAGGUUAUUUUUUCCCACAGGAGAUCAUGGAAGAACAAUGAAGCUCUUCCAAACACCCAAAACUAUUAGCAAAACAAUAUAUGUAUUUUAUAGAGAAUAAUUCUAGUUUACACACAAAAAAACAAUCCAAAAUACCACAUACUUAUUUUUUUGUCAUUCCAAAAAGGUUCAACAAAAAUGAAAAAGUACAAAAGCUAUUUUUCUCGUAAUGUAAAUACUUUUAAAUUCUUACAUUUCUGACUGAAUUCUUAAUCUCAAAUGUUCAGAUUCAUGGGAAAAGAUUUAAAAUCUAACAUUAUUUCAAUACUCCACAAUCCAUAGUUUGAAACCGGGAAGUAAAAAAGGCAUCAAAGGGGAAUUUUUAUGGAAUUUUAAUACAUGCACAUGCGUGCAAAUGUGAAAAUUGUAAAUACUUCAAUAAUAUUAUAAUAAAAUAUAUGUAAUUUUAAAAAAAGAACAUUUCAUGUAAAACAACAAUUUUUUGUGUUUAUUUGUGUGAAUAAGUGAAUUAUUAUUAUAUUAUUAUACUAUUAUAUUUUGCUGAAACUUACCUAUGUUGUCUUGCUGAUUAAUAAAGAACAUACUUUUCUGAUGAAAAAUGAG